CCGCUUGCGCACCGAAUGCCGUUAGACGGGGCGACGGCUGAAGUUGUUUCGCGCAGAGGCGUCCGCUAAACGAAGAGUGUGUGUGUGGGUUUUUUUUUUCUUUGACGGACGUCCUCCCAUCCCUCCUUUUCCUCCUUUUCCCCCCAAGUUUCUCCUCCCCUUCCCCGGAGCCUCUCCAGACUUGACUGCCGCCCUUCCCCAGUUUCUUCCUUCUUUCUUUCGCCUCCCGCUCUACUUCCUACUACUUUACCUCACUGUGUCAAGAUACACAGCAGCACUAAGCGCCUGUUGCACAAGGAGGCCUUUUUUUUUUUUUUUUCGCCCAAGUUAGUCCAGGUGAACACUUUACGCGCUCACUCCUCUCGUAAGUUUCUGCGCUCACGCGGCGCUCUUAUGAAACACGCGCUUGAAGACACAUCAUCGGCCGUUUGGAGAAAGUAACGGGCCGCUCGAGCGCACCCACACACGGUGGCCGCGCGCAAUGCGGCUCGAGAGGUGAGCAAGCGGAGCGCGCGCGUGGCGGACCGCGAGCGCGAGCCGAGCGCGGCCAUGGGCUGCGGCCUGAGGAAGCUGGAGGAGCCCGAGGAGCGCAGUCCCGGGAAGAUCUACUCGACGCUGAAGCGGCCGCAGGUAGAGAAGAAGACGGACACGGCGUACGAGUACGUGCUGCUGGACUUCAGCCUGGAGGGGCGCCGCCCCACAGUGCAGGGUCUUUCCUCCCUGUGCGAGCUGCCCCAGGCUCUGCUACCCUACUACACCCAGGGCUAUCUGCUGGCAGCCCUGCACCCAAUCAUCCUCUCUGUGGGACGAAACCAAGCCCUGCCCUGCAGCUUGCUAUAUCGCGCCAUCCUGACCCGGCCACGACCCAGCAAACAAAUGGUGCCUGUGUGCCAGAGUGUCCCUGUGCUGAAGGUGGAGGAGUGGCCCCUCCCUGGAGACUCCCUAACUGGGGACACAGUGCGAGCGCUCAUUGACAGGGUAAAUAGCAGUGCUCGGGGGGGAGUAAGGUUUGUGGGAUCAGUUCUGCAGCAGGUGGGGACUGAGUCCCAUAGCUGCAAUGGCAGGGUGCCUAGUCCCAGGCGGGGCUGCCAGUCCCCUUCCCGGAUCCCUCCUCAAGACAGAGAUGCAGAGGGGACAACCUACAAUCCUGACCUCCGAUUGCUGGUUUUGUUCCACUCCUGGCCUCCAGGCUGUGCUCCGCUGGAUGCCCUAGCCUGCUGCUACCAUCAGGGUGCGCUAUCCAUGCGAGUGGCACGGAAAGGCCAAGCUGUCAGUGCCCUGGAGGCAGACUGGCUGGAGCUGACAGCAGCCUACUACCGCAAGGGCUGGUCACUGGUUGACUCUUUUGUGUACUGGGAUAUGCCAAAAGGAGAACCUGUCCCCAGGUCUCUGGAGGGGCUCUUUGUGUAUGAGGAGUGCAGCACAGCACCCCCAGCCAAUGACACCAUCGUAGUGGAGCAGUGGACCAUUAUUGAGGGUUCCUGUGUGAAGACUGACUAUGGACCCCUGCUUCACACUUUGGCUGAAUUCGGCUGGCUGCUCACCUGUGUUCUUCCAACACCAAUCAUCCGCCACGACAGUGAGGGCAAUCUGGCCACCAAGCAAGUGGUGUUCCUGCAAAGGCCUGUCAGAGCUGGAGCCACCCAGCAGCAAAACCAGGCAGGGUACCCUCACAGCGAGGUGUCCAGCCCCUCUGUGAGUCGUGGUGUGGGGAGCCCUCUCUUAGAGGAGCUCUCCCGAGACACUGGUGCUUUUGGGGAGACCUCCAUCUGUGGUGAAGACUAUCCAAACAGCCUGUCCCAUCUGGAUGAUGGUUUUGAACAGGAUGAUGGAGCAGCACAGGUUACAUACAUCUGACCCCAGAAGUGCACCAAUAUGAGAGUACACUCCAUCUUUAAUCUUGUACUAAUGGGCAACACUGAUUAGAUGGAACUUAUUUUUGGCACUUUGACAUUUAGCAAAGCCAUAUUUGACAGUAUUAAAAGGAAUCUCUUUGUCAUUUGAAAUGAUAGUGUAGCAAAAAAUGCUGUUCAUUAAAUCACCCUGUUGACUACAAUUUACAAUUACAAAUCACCUUACAGUGUUGAUGUAAUGAUGAACUAUUACUAAGUGUUAGCUAGGUGUAGGCUUACACGGGGCUUUCCAAGACACAGUGGGCAAACACAGGUCCAUGUGUCCCUAUACCAGGUUUGGCACUCAAUGUUAUACUCCAAUGGUCCUGGAUUUGAUCACACUGUGGAGCACGGGUCAUCUCAAGCACACAUCACUUGAUAAGUUUCAUAUUUAGCAUGACACCAGGCUGGAGCAGGGUGUGCUCGGUGCACAAAUCCUAGGGUAACACACAAGGGAAAAGUAAAUGGACACUAAACUUUGCACUUCCUCUGAUCCCUAUUCUAAAACACAGGCCCAGCCUCCUCCUAUUUUUAUUUUUUCCCAGUUCUUUUUUUGUGUUUCUCCUGCUGCUUUUAGAAGGAAAUUUGCCUCUUGGUUGAAUCUGGCAAUUAAAGGAGUCAGAAAAAUUUUAGCCUGACACAAUCUGCCUUUGUUGAAGAGCCAAACAAAAGGAUUCACUAGUGUUAACAUUGCUCAGGUCCAAUUCUCACAGCUCUGCUUUUUAUGGCUUGUAGGUGAGACAGGUGUGUCUGACUGCUUGGAGAACUUCAGUCAUUGCUCAUUUUAUUUAAGUAGUUUUCCAAUGUGAGGAUGUACUGAUAGGUUACACAAAGAUGACUGUUGACUAUUCACUGCAAGACAAUUGCACAAAACCCCAUGCUGAAGGUGCUAGAAUUGUCAGUCUUGCAGAUUUGUUGUAAAGUAGUAUUUAAAAUGUUAAUUGCAUAAAAAUUAAUUUUCCUCCACGUACAAAUGUGUAAACACAGCUAAUAUGCCAUUUUUUAAAAAAAAAAAAAAAAAACAACCAUGUUGGGUGAGUAAUUUCUCUGUACACUUUCAACUUAUUCUACUACUAGUCUAUGUAACCAAGGCUGGGUGACUGAGCAGGUAUUUCUGCACAUUAAGGAAAGUUAAUUUUUCAUUUGUGUUGUACAAAUUACAGCUCUUAUGCAAGGAUUUUUAUGGGAGUGAAAAAUAUUUUAGAUAUCAGACCAGUAUUAACCAGUACUGUAACUU